UUUCUCGUAAAAUUCCCCCCCAGGGAAAUUGCCCACCGUCUCCGAUUUCGGAUUCGUUCGUCUCGCGCCCCCCCUCCCCUCCCUCCUCAAUUUCGCGGUUGUUAGGGCUACAUGUCUCAGCACCAAGAGUAUCCGAUGGAAUACGCAGCAGAUGAUUACGAUGUGGGAGAAGUAGAAGAUGAUAUGUACUUCCAUGAAAGAGUGAUGGGCGAUUCAGACACCGAUGAGGAUGAUGAAUAUGAUCAGCUGGAUAAUAAGAUUACCGAUACCUCUGCUGCUGAUGCUCGGAGAGGUAAAGAUAUCCAGGGGAUUCCUUGGGAAAGACUGAGCGUCACUCGUGAAAAAUACAGAAAAACUAGAAUAGAGCAGUACAAGAACUAUGAAAAUGUACCACAAUCCGGAGAAAGUUCAGAAAAGGAAUGCAAACCCACAAGAAAAGGUGGAAACUAUUAUGAAUUUUGGCGAAACACAAGAUCUGUGAAGUCGACAAUCCUUCAUUUUCAAUUGAGAAACUUGGUUUGGUCCACAACAAAGCAUGAUGUUUUCCUUAUGUCCCACUUCUCGAUCAUUCACUGGUCGUCAUUGACUUGCAAGAAGACUGAAGUGCUUGAUGUUUAUGGACAUGUAGCCCCUUGUGAGAAACACCCUGGAAGUCUCUUAGAGGGUUUUACACAGACUCAAGUCAGUACUCUUGCAGUACGGGAUAAAUUACUGAUUGCUGGUGGUUUUCAGGGGGAGCUUAUUUGUAAGCAUUUAGAUCGUCCUGGUGUUAGCUACUGUUGCAGAACAACUUAUGAUGACAAUGCUAUCACUAAUGCAGUUGAGAUUUACGAUUCUCCCAGUGGCGCUGUACAUUUCAUGGCAUCAAAUAAUGACUGUGGAGUCAGAGACUUCGACAUGGAGAAAUUUAUGCUUUCCAAACAUUUUUCCUUUCCUUGGCCGGUGAAUCAUACUUCUCUGAGUCCUGAUGGUAAGCUCCUGAUCAUUGUUGGUGACAACCCUGAGGGGAUAGUGGUGGAUUCUCAAAGAGGAAAGACCAUUACGCCGCUACAAGGGCACUUGGAUUUCUCGUUUGCGUCUGCAUGGCAUCCGGAUGGUCACAUAUUUGCCACUGGAAACCAAGACAAGACUUGCCGUAUUUGGGACAUUCGCAACUUAUCAAAGUCUGUUGCUGUACUCAAGGGCAACCUUGGAGCCAUCCGAUCCAUUCGAUUCACAUCCGAUGGGCGAUUUAUGGCCAUGGCAGAGCCUGCUGAUUUUGUCCAUGUCUAUGAUGUGAAGAGUGGGUAUGAGAAGGAGCAGGAGAUCGAUUUUUUUGGCGAGAUCUCUGGUGUAUCUUUCAGUCCCGACACUGAAUCGCUAUUCAUUGGGGUGUGGGAUCGCACUUAUGGCAGUCUCCUUCAGUAUAACCGUUGCAGGAAUUAUUCAUAUCUCGACUCCAUGUUGUGAGGGGAUGCCUGCACUGUUUCUUAACUAUAUACCUGCAAUUAUAUAGAAUUUCUUGCAACAUGGCUGUAGUGGCUUCAGCGCAUGGUGUACAUGUAGAUAGGUGAUAUAUUUCUUGUUACAAUGUAGGGUAAGAGGACAAAUAUGUUGUUACUUCGUGGUGUAUCAUUGUCUUCUUUCUUUAGGUCAUAGAACACUGGCUCUUCAUCGGAAGGUUGAGAGAGAGAAGAGAAAGAGAGAGAGAGCUUUAUGGUGAUGAGUGGUCUGUUGUUUGCAGAAUAAUGGAGAUGUAUUCAGUAAAGGUUGGUGGUGUUUGGGUGAAGAUUGAGGCAAACUCUUCUCAUUGCCAAUAAGAACCCUAUUCACUUUCUCUGUCGAAA